GAGUUCCAUGCGACGAAAGCGGGUCGAAGGCGAACUGUCAUGUCCGCCGUGUUGCUAACUUUAGCAAGUUCCUCAGCAUUUACGGCUAUAAAAGUGUGAAAGGUUUGCAGUGAAUGCUGGUGGCAUGCUGCUGAAGGAGAGCAGGCAGUGUGCUUGAAACACGGGGUCGCUGCUGGACGCAAAUCCCGCGCUGGAUUGCUGUGGAGGCUUGAAUAACGUGGAUUACAGUCAGAUGGACAUGUCUGUGUUGGCGGAGCUGUGGAUGUUAAUUGACCUGACGGAGCCCCGGGUUUGUGUGGCUGUUAUUGCCAUCGUCUUCAACCCGUUCUUCUGGAAUGUGGUGGCCAGAUGGGAGCACAGGACCAGAGGUCUGACCCGUCUGUUCGGAGGUCCAUACGUGGCCUGUUAUUCCCUGGCGGUGCUCAUCCUGCUCCUCAAUGUUUACCGCAGUCACAGUAUUACAGUGGCCAUGAAGGCUCACCCUCGCUGGGCGCCGCUGGAGGACGGGUGUGUGUACUACGCCGGAGCGGCUCUCGUGGCGCUGGGCUCGGUGUUUGUGAUCAGCAGCUUCGUGGCUCUGGGAGUUACUGGCACUUUCCUGGGGGACUAUUUUGGCAUCCUCAUGGAUCAGAAGGUGACUGGGUUCCCCUUUAAUGUGAUGGAGAACCCCAUGUACUGGGGCAGCACUGCCAACUACCUGGGCCUGGCCUUGAUGAACGCCAGUCCGGUCGGAGUGAUCCUGACCGCGGUGGUCGGCCUGUCCUAUAAAGUAGCCAUCGCGUAUGAAGGAUUUACGGUCUGAUGUUUGCAGAGCGUUCACGGAGGAGAUCUACCGGCGGAGGAGCCAGCGCUGCAAGCACAAGUAACCCGUCCGCGCUCCGGGACGGAUGCAUUUAAAUGAGCGAUGAGAAAAGCACAGCUGCAAACUGCACACCGAUGUUUAACACUUUUACUGCAAUAUCGAAUGCAAACCGAAUGCAACGACAAUCUUCGGCUGUAGUAGCAAUCAAACAUCCAGCUGCUGGUAGUCUGUAGUCUCGAUCCUUUCCUAAAGCACGUCUAGGCUGUUUUAGGGCUCCGUUUGAUUCACCUGAAUGUACUUGGCUCGGUGUUGUUUGAGGAUGCAUGUUUUUCUUUCCGAAGGUAGAAUAAAUGGCCUGUUCCUGAUGCGCACGCUCUUCUUCCCUUAGAUGUCAUAUAUAUGUAUUUACUUGAGAAUUGAAGCUGAUGUUUCAAUGUAUUUACAUAUUUAUGGCUCUCUGUUAUUGGUUAAUGGUAACAUGACAUGCAAUUAAACAAAUAAAAUAUUUAAUCUUA